ACGUCAACACAGUCAGCUACAGUAGAGCGAUCAAUAGAAAAUUAGUUGAAACGUUUGGGAGGUUAUUCGAGAGUUUUGAGAAAAUUCUGCGCAACAUUUUAUAUAACAAAAGAUGGCGACGUUUCGGGUGGAAAAUUUCAUUAACACAUUUUACGAUCAACUUGAGGAACCUGUAAGAAAACAUUUGAAGAAUGUAUAUAGCUGUGUAGCUAUUUCAACUUUAGCAGCAGCUGUGGGUGGUUAUGUUCAUCUCUUUACCAACAUAUUUCAGGGAGGACUUCUCAGUGCACUUGCUGGUCUUGCUUUUUUGAUUCUUCUAAUGUUCACUCCUCAUGAUGGUAAAAAUGCAUCAAAACGUUUGUGCUAUCUGGUAGGAUUUGCUUUUGCUACAGGAUUAGGCCUGGGUCCUCUUAUGGAAUCUGUAAUCAUGGUCAACCCACAAAUCAUCUCCUUAGCAUUUCUGGCAACUUCAGUCAUUUUUAUAAGCUUCACUCUGUGCUCAUUGUUCAGCAAACGAGGAAGUUGGCUUUUCCUCGGAGGAUCUUUGAUGUCUGCUAUUUCUGUCAUGUUCCUGAUGGGUUUGGUGAAUUUGUUUACAAGAUCUGUUUUCAUCUAUCAGAUGCAUCUCUACCUUGGACUGGCCGUGAUGUGUGGCUUCAUUCUGUAUGAUACCCAGCUUAUCAUUGAAAAAUGUCGCAUGGGAGACCGUGACUUUAUCUGGCACUCUGUAAACCUGUUCAUUGACUUUGUGGGAGUGUUUCGUAGACUCUUGAUCCUCCUGACUCAGAAGGAGGAGUCUAAAAAGAGGAGGAGAGAUUAAGAGAAGACCGUCUCUUCCUUUAAAGCAGAUCUUCACAUGCUUUGCAUUGUUGUUUAAGAAAAUUUUCUUGUCUAAGAUAAGAUCAGGUUUAUGAGUGGAUUUGAAUUGUUUACUCUAUUUUGCCUGGAAUUUAAUAUUACUAUUUUAACGUCUUGCUUAAGGUAUUUUAAACUGUAUUAUUUUGCAGUGUUAAACUGGCAUUGCUUUUGUUAAUAAAUAUUAUUGUGGAGGUUUGCAAUAAGUAACCAUUUUGAAAUAUAUAAAAUAUUUUAUUGUAUGUCUGCAAUAAAGUUUAAUUUCUGUUGUGAACCAACAGUAAAUAGUUAAUGUGUAUAGGUUUUAUUUUUGGAAGAGAAGAUAAAAGGAAUUGUCAUUAAAAAAAGUAAAUACAAGCACUUGAUAAUCUUCAUUACUGUAUUGUUUAGCUACACAAGUUUGGUUAUUUAACAAUUUUUGGUGUAUUAAAUAAAAAUUCAGUUUAUGUUUAAA